GCGCAAAUUCGUGGAUCGCUCCGCUGAAUCCGCCCGCGCGUCCCCGGCGUCGCCACCGCCCCCCGUCCCGGCCCCCCCGCCGGGUUCCCGCAGCCCAGCCCGGUCCAGCCCGGUUCCCGGGAGGAUGAAGUUCGUGUACAAAGAGGAGCAUCCGUUCGAGAAGCGCCGCUCUGAGGGCGAGAAGAUCCGAAAGAAAUACCCGGACCGGGUCCCGGUGAUAGUAGAAAAGGCUCCCAAAGCUCGAAUAGGAGACCUGGACAAAAAGAAAUACUUGGUGCCUUCUGAUCUCACAGUUGGUCAGUUCUACUUCCUGAUCCGGAAGCGAAUUCAUCUCCGAGCUGAGGAUGCCUUGUUCUUCUUUGUCAACAAUGUCAUUCCGCCUACCAGUGCCACGAUGGGUCAGCUAUACCAGGAACACCAUGAAGAAGACUUCUUUCUAUACAUUGCCUACAGUGACGAAAGUGUCUACGGUCUGUGAAGCUGCUGCCCCUGAGGUGGGGGGGGGGGUUCUCAUUCUACAAAGAGAGAGGUGGCCCCUCUUCCCUGACCUCCUCCUCCUCCUUCAGGCUGAAACACCACCUCUUUUCUUCAGGACCUGCACUUCUUAAUGUUUAAGUCCUCUCCAGCUCCUCUUCGAAGGAGGGGUAAUGGAGGAGAUGGCCUCAUGUACCUCUCCUUUCUCCUUUCUUCCCCUUUCUCUGCCCAUCUUUCCCAUUCUGCUUUAGACUUCUUGGUUGUCAGUCUCAGUCACAUCCAGUGAUUGUUUUGGUUUCUGUUCCCUUUCUAACUGCCCUAGGGGCUUGGAACCCCAACAAUCCCUUCCUUUCACUACCUUCUUUUUUGGGGGUAGUUGGAAGGGACGGAAAUUGUGGGGCGAAGGUAGGAGGCACAUCAAUAAAGAGGAAACCACCAAGCUGAACUGAA